GGUGGCGGGGAACGCACCUUAAAAGUUGGAUGCGAUCCGCCAAACCAAUCCCAAAGAAGAAGCCCGGUUUGCCAGACAUACUCUGACUGGACAUGCCCAGUUGAGUGGGUAGCUAACGUUAGCUAGCAAGUGUGUGACAAACGGCGCCAUAAACUCACUGGGAUGCAUUGUUGCUAGCUAGCGGUAGCUAGCUUUUUCUGAUUUCCUGUCGCUGGUGUGUAGGGGACUUCGGUUGCCAUAAAAUAGCUUACGUUACAACCAUGGAAAUCGACACACUUUUGGAGGGUUUUACGGACUUCGAGAAGAAAGGGAAGAAAGAUGCCUGCCCUGCCCUGGAUCAAUUUCUGUGUCAUGUCGCCAAAACGGGAGAAACGAUGAUUUCAUGGUCACAGUUCAAAAGUUAUUUCCUGUUUAAACUUGAGAAGGUAAUGGAUGACUUCAGAGCCUCGACACCAGACCAGCGAGGGCCAGCUAAUCCUAAUGUGGAGUACAUUCCGUUUGAAGAGAUGAAGGAGAGGAUUCUCAAAAUCGUAGAAGGAUACAACGGGAUUCCGUUCACCAUCCAGCGUCUGUGUGAGUUACUGACUGAGCCAAAGAGGAACUACACAGGAACAGACAAGUUCCUCAGGGGAGUGGAGAAGAAUGUGAUGGUGGUCAGCUGUGUGUGUCCUACAUCAGAGAAAAAUGAGGCAACCAGUGUAAACAGAAUGAAUGGAGUGAUGUUCCCUGGCAAUACCGCUAUUUAUUCAGAAAGGAAUGUAAAUGGACCAGGCACCCCAAGGCCACUGAACAGACCAAAGCUAUCACUAUCCACCUCUCUGGCUACAAACGGUCUCCCUGACAGCACAGAAGAUAAGGAGCCACUCACAAAACAAGAAGAGGAGCAUGUUGUCAGUGAUUCCUCGGUAUCGGAAAGUGAUGCCACACAGAGCAGUCCGAUGAAGACUAAGCAUCCGGAAGAGGAUGCAACGGAGGCAGAGAGCCACGAAGUCAAGAGGCUGAAGUUUGACAAAGACAUGGAUGAAGAGGAGGAUGAGGUAGACAAGGAGAUGUCAUGUCCUGCACCUGCCCAAAGUUCAUCAGACAUGCCAGAAUCGUCAACAGAUGUUGUUGAGGAAGAAAAAGAGAAGUCUGCUGAUAUGCUCACCACAGACGAUCAUGAGCCCUCCAGUACUCAGACAGAAGAUCCCUUUGAUGACGAGGAAGAGCCAUCAGAGAGGGAGGCUGAGUAUGGCCCCAUCCACAGUCUAAAGAGUGACAGCACCAUGGACCAGUCAGAGGAGCAGCUUGCUCAGUCAGGGAAUGAUCUGAGUUUAGAGGAACAGGAUGAAGGAGAUUGCAGUGACCCAGUAAGUAGCAGCAGUAGCAGCAAUGGGGAGGGAGCACCCAGUGAAGAGCCGGUCCCCUCUGCGUCUCCCAGCAGUACAGCUGAGUCGUUGGCAGAGGGCGCUGCUGCAGAAAACUGUUCGGAAAGCUCAGAGAUGGCAGAUGAGCCCAUGGAACAGGACUAACCUGAGGCUGAGGGGCCCCCCCCCAACAUUAUUUUACACUGUAUAUUGAUACUGUACCAAACCCWGGAGAUCUCUGUACCACCAUGGACCUGUAAUCUCCCAGCACAGGGAGGCUUUUUGUGAGGCCUCAGAGGAUUUUCACCCUCAGGUCUCUUCACGCCUUUUUUGACCCACCCACCUCCUGACGGCCACACAUCAGUCCGUUU